GAUACUGCUACUGGAAUGAAAAUGGGGAAGAAUGUGACUGGUGCCACAAUAAUUUUUUUAUUUAGUAAUAUAGUGUCUGCAUGAGAAUUAACCUUUUGAUAUUUGUUUAAAAAAUUCACAAAAAUUCUGUGCUCUCGUGGAUAUCAAACAAUUCAAACAAAACACAGGCUUAUAAAAAAAAAAUGUUAAAUAUAUGUGUGCUACAAUUAUUGGUACGCUUUUAGUCAAUACUUAGUGCUACCUCCUUUGCCAAGACUCAGCUCUGAGUCUUCUCCUAUAACAACUGAUGAGGUUGGAGAAUACAUGGCAAAGGAUCUGAGACCAUUCCUCCACACAGAAUCUCUCCAGAUCCUUCAAAUUUCGAGGUCCACGCUGGUGGACUCUCCUCUUCAGUUCACACCACAGGUUUUCUGUGGGUUUCAAGUCAGGGAACUGGGAUGGCCAUGGCAUGACCUUGAUUUUGUGGUCAGUAAACCAUUUUUGUGUUAAUUUUGAUGUAUGUUUUGGAUUAUUGUCCUGCUGGAAGAUCCAACCACAGCCCAUUUUAAGCUUUCUGGCAGAGGCAGUCAGGUUUUCAUUUAAUUUCUGUUUAUAGAUAUAUAGAGUCCAUGAUGCCAUGUAUCUUAACAAAAUGUCCAGGUCCUCUGGCAGAAAAAAACAUCCCAAAACAUUAUAGAUCCACCACCAUAUUUAACUGUGGCCAUGAAGUACUUUUCCAUAUGGCUACCUCUAUGUGUGCACCAAAACCACCUCUGGUGUUUAUUGCGAAAAAGCUCUAUUUUGGUUUGUUCUGACCAUAGAACCCCAUGUGAAGUUCCAAUAGUAUCUGACAAAUUGAAGACUCUUGAGUUUGUUUUCGUAUGAGAGUAGAGGCUUUUUUCUUGAAACCUUUCCAAACAACUUGUGGUGAUGUACGUGACUUUGGAUUGUAGUUUUGGAGACUUUCUGACCCCAAGACGCAACUAACUUCUGCAAUUCUCCAGCUGUGAUCCUUGGAGAUUUUUUGGCCACUAAAACCAUCCUAUUCACAGUGCAUUGAGACAAUAUAGACACAUAUCCUCUUCCAGGUUGAUUCAUAACAUUUCCAGUUGACUGGAACUUCUUAAUUAUUGCCCCGAUGGUGGAAAUGUGCAUUUUCAAUGAUUUUGCUGUUAUCUUAUAGCCACUUCCCAUUUUGUGAUGCUUAACAACUUUUUUGCCACACAUCACAAGUUUGCAAUUGUUUGAUAUCCAUGAGAGCAGAGUAUUUUUGUGAAUUUUAUUCAACAAAAGAUCAAACACUUAAACAACAAAGACAAUUUUUACCAAGGGUGCCAGUAUUAAUGGAGGUUAGUUUACAGUACAGUAUUAAUGUACAUUAGUUUAGAUACGUUACAGUGUUUUGUGUUCACCUUUACAUAAACCGGUUUGUUUGUUUGUGUCAGUCUACUGUAGUUUGUAUUUCUGCAGAACCAUCCAUCCAUCCAUCUUCUACCGCUUACUCCUUCUUCAGGGUUGCGGGGAAUCUGGAGCCUAUACCAGGGAGCAUCGGGCACAAGGCGGGGUACAGGGUGCCAGUCCAUCGCAGGGCACAAUCACAUAUACACUCACAUUCAUACACUACGGGCACUUUAGACACACCAAUCAGCCUACCAUGCAUGUCUUUGGACUGGGAUAGGAAACCCUCGCAGCACGGGGAGAACAUGCAAAAUCCGCACACACAUGGCCCCGGCGGGAAUCGAACCCCGGACCCUGGAGGGAGGAGGAAGAGAUCAAUAUGACCUGGCAGCAACGUCAGAGCAAAGUGGGAAGAAAAAGAACAAGAACAGGAAAGAUAUGGAUGAGCUGAAAAAGGAAGUGGAUUUGGAUGAUCACAAGCUGAGCUUAGAUGAGCUUCAUCGUAAAUAUGGCACAGAUUUGAGCAAGGGCCUUACAACCACACGUGCACAAGAAAUUCUUGCCCGUGAUGGCCCCAAUGCCCUCACUCCUCCACCUACCACACCGGAGUGGGUGAAGUUCUGUAAGCAGAUGUUUGGAGGCUUCUCCAUGCUGCUGUGGACUGGCGCUCUUCUCUGCUUCCUUGCUUAUGGUAUCCUAGUUGCAAUGGAAGAUGAACCAGUCAAUGACAAUCUGUAUUUGGGAGUUGUGCUUUCAGCUGUUGUCAUCGUCACUGGUUGCUUCUCAUACUACCAAGAGGCCAAGAGCUCGAAAAUCAUGGACUCCUUCAAGAACCUGGUGCCCCAGCAAGCUUUGGUUAUCCGUGAUGGUGAGAAAAGUAUGAUUAAUGCUGAGGAUGUGGUGCUGGGUGAUCUGGUGGAGGUAAAAGGUGGAGACAGGAUACCAGCCGACCUGCGUAUCAUUUCUGCACAUGGUUGUAAGGUGGACAACUCAUCUCUUACCGGAGAGUCAGAACCUCAGACUCGUUCUCCAGAUUUCUCCAACGAUAACCCUCUGGAGACCAGGAAUAUUGCUUUCUUCUCUACCAACUGUGUGGAAGGCACUGCGCGUGGUAUUGUCAUCAGCACUGGCGACCAUACUGUCAUGGGCCGAAUUGCCACACUUGCUUCUGGUCUUGAGGUGGGCAGGACGCCCAUCUCUAUCGAAAUUGAGCACUUCAUCCACAUCAUAACAGGCGUGGCUGUCAUUCUUGGACUUUCCUUCUUCAUUCUCUCUCUUAUCUUGGGCUACAGCUGGCUUGAAGCAGUCAUCUUCCUUAUUGGAAUCAUUGUUGCUAAUGUGCCUGAAGGUCUUCUUGCCACUGUUACUGUGUGUCUCACAUUGACAGCAAAACGCAUGGCAAAGAAGAACUGCCUGGUGAAGAACCUUGAGGCUGUGGAAACCCUGGGCUCCACAUCGACCAUCUGCUCAGACAAGACAGGAACCUUGACCCAGAACCGCAUGACUGUUGCCCACAUGUGGUUUGACAACCAGAUCCAUGAAGCUGACACCACAGAAAACCAGAGCGGAGCCAGCUUUGAUCGAAGCUCACUCACCUGGACCUCCCUGGCACGCAUUGCUGGGCUUUGCAAUAGGGCUGUUUUCUUAGCAGAGCAAACUGAUGUUCCUAUUUUAAAGAGAGAUGUUGCUGGAGAUGCCUCAGAGUCUGCCCUCCUGAAAUGUAUUGAACUUUGUUGUGGAUCUGUGAAAGAGAUGAGGGACAGACAUAAAAAAAUGGCAGAAAUCCCCUUCAACUCAACUAAUAAAUACCAGCUCUCAGUGCACAAGAACCCAGAUUCUGCAUCGGAUUCCAAAUACUUGCUUGUAAUGAAAGGAGCACCAGAGAGAAUUCUGGACCGCUGCAGCACCAUAAUGAUACAAGGAAAAGAUCAGCCUCUGGAUGACGACAUGAGAGAAGCUUUUCAGAAUGCGUACCUGGAGCUGGGAGGGCUUGGAGAGAGAGUACUGGGAUUUUGCCACUUGUACUUGCCUGAGGAACAGUUUCCAGAGGGCUUCCAGUUUGAUACAGAUCAUGAGAACUUUCCGACCGAGAAUCUAUGCUUUGUUGGUCUCAUGUCCAUGAUUGAUCCCCCACGAGCAGCAGUACCAGAUGCUGUAGGAAAAUGCAGGAGUGCUGGUAUUAAGGUUAUAAUGGUCACUGGUGACCAUCCAAUCACUGCUAAGGCUAUUGCCAAAGGUGUUGGGAUUAUCUCUGAGGGCAACGAGACUAUCGAAGACAUUGCUGCACGCUUGAACAUUCCUAUCAAUGAAGUCAAUCCAAGAGAUGCUAAAGCAUGUGUGGUCCAUGGUGGAGAUCUUAAAGAUCUUAGUUCUGAACAACUAGAUGACAUCCUAAAAUACCACACAGAGAUUGUGUUUGCUAGAACCUCACCCCAGCAGAAACUGAUCAUUGUUGAAGGGUGUCAGCGCCAGGGAGCCAUUGUGGCUGUUACAGGUGAUGGUGUGAAUGAUUCUCCUGCGCUGAAGAAAGCUGAUAUUGGUGUUGCUAUGGGCAUUGCUGGCUCGGAUGUAUCCAAGCAGGCUGCUGACAUGAUCCUUCUUGAUGACAACUUUGCAUCAAUUGUGACUGGAGUAGAAGAAGGCCGGCUGAUCUUUGACAACCUGAAAAAGUCCAUUGCAUACACUUUGACCAGUAACAUCCCUGAGAUCACACCUUUUCUGUUCUUCAUCAUUGCUAAUAUCCCUCUGCCACUGGGAACUGUCACCAUUCUAUGUAUUGACCUUGGAACAGACAUGGUCCCAGCUAUUUCCCUGGCAUAUGAAGCUGCUGAGAGUGAUAUCAUGAAGAGACAGCCCAGAAACCCCAAAACAGACAAACUAGUAAAUGAAAGACUCAUUAGUAUUGCAUAUGGCCAAAUAGGUAUGAUACAGGCGCUAGCUGGCUUCUUCACAUAUUUUGUCAUCUUGGCUGAAAAUGGGUUCCUGCCAUCAAGUCUACUUGGAAUUCGUGUGUAUUGGGAUGACAGAUACAUAAAUGAUCUUGAGGACAGCUAUGGGCAGCAGUGGACAUAUGAACAGAGAAAGAUUGUGGAGUUCACCUGCCACACUGCCUUCUUCACCAGCAUCGUGAUUGUGCAGUGGGCUGACUUGAUCAUCUGCAAGACCAGGAGGAACUCUGUCUUCCAGCAAGGAAUGAAGAAUAAAAUCCUCAUAUUCGGAUUGUUUGAGGAAACUGCUCUUGCUGCCUUCUUGUCUUACUGCCCAGGGAUGGAUGUGGCUCUGAGAAUGUAUCCACUCAAACCCAACUGGUGGUUCUGCGCUUUCCCAUACUCUCUCCUCAUCUUUAUCUAUGAUGAAAUCAGAAAGCUCAUCCUCCGGCGCUAUCCUGGAGGCUGGGUGGAGAGAGAGACGUACUAUUAGAACAUCAUAUCAACAGAAUUUGAGUCUUUUUGUUUAGCUCUCUGAUAGUUUUGCUGCUCUGGAUUUUAACCUAUUUACAUUUAAAUAUGUUUUGUAACCAAUUUUAUAAACAUUUUAAAUGUGUAAUAUGAAUAAACAAUUAAUGUAGACCCAUUUCUUUCAUUUAAAGUACUUAAAAGUUUAAA